CGCAGCAGGAGCGUUUAAACAGUGACCGCACACGCGCACAUUUGGCCAGUAUUUCCGUAACCCCGCUCCUCUCUCUCUCUCUUGUUUUCAUUUGAUAUUAAUCAAAACUUCAAACUUCAAACUUCAAAUUCCUUCUACGAACCCUCAAACAGCCACUAUAUCUCAUUCUUCUCUUCUUGUUUCCAUCAUUCCGACACUAAAAUUUGCAUUCUCUUAUCCUUCUUCUCAAGUAAGUCAUUAAGUUCUCAAUUUCAGCAUACUUUGAGCAGACUAGUAAAAUUCUGUUAUGGAUCGUCGAGGUUGGCCGUGGAAGAAAAAAUCAUCUGAUAAAGUCACAAAGACUGAUAAACCAUUUGUCACAACUGACUCCGUUGGUUCUACCUUAUCUUCUGUGGCACAUUUAGGAAAUCAGCAUGAAAAAAAUUGCGCAAAUAAGAACUAUGUUCAAAUUCCAAUGGAUUCUUACACAUGUAUGACUGAAUUGGAAGAUCAAGUAAAAGAUUUGGAAUCAAAGCUAUCAGCAGCUUAUUCAGAGUUAGAUAACAAGGAAAAUCUGGUUAAACAGCAUGCGAAAGUUGCCGAGGAAGCAGUUUCAGGUUGGGAGAAAGCCGAUGCAGAAGUUGUUUCCUUACGAAGUCAACUUGAAUCUAUUACUCUUUCGAAGCUUAGUUGUGAUGAGAGAGUAACUCAUUUAGAGGGAGCUCUGAAAGAAUGUGUGAAGGAGAUAAGAACUAUAAAGGAAGAAAGUGAGAAGAAAGUACAAGAGGUGAUUCUUGUGAAAUCUCAACAGUGGGAGAGGUUCAAGUUAGAGCUUGAAUCAGAAAUAGAUAAGUUGGAUAAAGGACUUCACGAAGAAGCUGGUGAGAAUGCCGCACUUCUGAGAUCGCUUCAUGAAAGUUCAAACAAAAUAGUGAAACUAAAAGAAGAAAAGUCUGAAGCGGAGGCCGAGUUAGAGGUUCAAAAGAAGAAUGUUCAGUCGUGCGAAAAAGAAAUAAGUUCUUUGAAGUAUGAGCUGCAUAUUGUUUCUAAGGAGAUGGAUAUUCGAAAUGACGAGAAGAACAUGAUAAUGAAAUCGGCAGACGUGGCUAACAAACGGCACGUGGAGGAUGUUAAGACUAUUGCUAAGUUGGAGGGUGAGUGCCAACGCCUUCGUGGUUUGCUGCGAAAGAAGUUACCUGGACCUGCUGCAUUGGCACAAAUGAAGCUAGAAGUUGAAAGUACGCACCGCGUCAUUAGUGGAAUUCAUCAAAGAAAAACUAGUAACCUGCAAGAAUCCGAGUUUCUUAGUGUGUCGAAACGAUUUGAGGUGUUUGAAGAAGAAACAACGAGAUUGAAAGAAGCUUUGGCGUCAAGUAAUGCUGAACUACAGGCUUCUAGGAACUUGUACACUAAAACAGUUGGUAGAGUUAAGAGCUUAGAAGCUGAGGUACAAAUUCUUCAUCAAGAAAGAAGUUCGCAGACGCAGAAAUCAAAUUUAGAGAUCAAUUACCGGAAUUCUUCAAGUAGAAUUUCUAGCAAUUCACCAAGCAUCACUUCUAUAUCAGAUAGUUGGCAUGAUGAUCCAGAAAGUCCUGCUGACUCAUUUUCAGCCUCAGCUUCUGACCAUUUUAACGUAAGUCGAGUUAGAACCUCGGUUAAAGUUGAGAAUCGCAAAAGUGAAACUAUCUCGGAACUGAUGAACGAUUUCCUCGAAGUGGAGAAAAUGGCCUGUUCUUCAGACAAUGACAGUGUACAGAUUGCUAACAAAGUAAAGAACGACUCAUCUGAAGAUGAUCAAGUAAAAUCAAAUGAUGCUUUGGUUGAGAUUCAGCUGAAAUGUAUGACAGAAUCAUAUAAGUCACUUCAAACACAUGUUGAAGAGUUAGAAGCUGAAAAUAAGCUUCUAAAGGAAAAGAUAGACGAGCUAAAGAACGAUCUCGAGGAGGAAAAACAAUGCCAUCAUAAUGCUUUGGCGAGGCACAGAGAAUUAGACGAAAAAACGCCAAGGGAUAAGCGCCUCGAGUGUACAUCAAAUUCGGCAGCGAAUAAAGACAUUGAUACUCGGAAGGAUACAGAACUAGCUGCUGCAGAGAAAAAGCUAGCAGAAUGUCAAGAGACUCUACACGUACUUGGUAGGCAAUUACAAGCAAUGUGUCCACAAAUCGGCUCUAAAAGACUUCAAACAAAUGAAUCGUCGAUUAAACCAAAUUAUGACCAGUCGAAUUCCAAUGGCUCUUAUAACUCAGAUGAAACUGAUCACGCCGAAGCAUGUAGUGUAUCUUCUAAUUCUGAUAUUCAAGGAGCGAAUGACGAGUUUUCAUCGUCUCGUAACUUUGGUUCCACGUCAUGUCUUUCAGACACAGAAUGCAACCUUUCUGUAAAUUCUUCAAUAGUAUCAAAGGCACCUCACCGAUGAUUUCGAUUUAUCGCUUAAAAUCAAAGGGCAUAAUCCAUUUUGUCACCCUUAUGUAAUAGUUUUGUAUAUAUGAUUAUUACUAUGAUAAUCAAAUCAUUCAGAAUGCUAAGAUUAAUUAAAAUUUACAA